ACCUGCCCAACUAAUUACCUUCAACCUCUCACUCUUGCCCUCUUUCCCUUUUCUAAUUUUUUCCCCUUAAAUACAACCUACACUCCCAUUCUAACCUUUGCCAUUUGCCACUCACUUUCCCCACAUUAUAAAAAUAACCCAUCUCCAUUUUGGUCUUCAUUACUAGUAUAAGCUAGUCAUACUUGCCAAUCUUAUAUGAGCUGAUCAGCAAAAAUAUAAGAUCAUAAAUAUUCAUCAAGUUAUUUCUCAAUAUGGCUGACGAUGGUCGCCCGUUGUUGGGAGUAAUAGUUUUGUUGUAUGUGUUGUUUUCUAGUUCGUUUGUUGUGGUUAGUUCCAAUAGUGCAGCAGAUUUUUUAAAGCCCGAAUGCUUGAAAGUCUCCAGUUACGAGUUCACCAGCUCAGUCAAGACCAUCGUUGAUGUCAUACAACAAGUCACUUCUAUUUUCUCUCAGUUUGGAAAUUUCCUUGGAGAUUUUCGCGUUUCGAAUGCCGUCUCUGAUUGCCUAGAUUUGCUCGACUCCUCUGCUGAGCAACUCAGUUGGACCGUCUCUGCUACUCAAAAUCCUAAAGGCAAACAUAAUAGCACGGGGAAUCUAAGUUCUGAUCUAAGAACAUGGUUGAGUGCGGCUCUUAUUAACCAGGACACUUGCAGUGACGGAUUCGAAGGCACAAACAGCAUAGUGAAAGGACUAGUCACUGGUGGUCUUAACCAAAUCACCUCUCUGGUUCAAGAUCUUCUGACCCAAGUGGAUCCAACGACUAAUUUCAAGCCCAAAAAGGUCAACAAGGCCCAUUUCCCGUCAUGGAUCAAGCCCAGAGACAGAAAGCUUGUCCAAGCAAAUGGGGUGGCGGCGGACGCCGUGGUCGCCGCCGACGGCACCGGUAACUUCACAAAGAUCAUGGACGCUGUUUUAGCAGUGCCGGAGUAUAGCAUGCAACGUUACGUGAUAUAUAUCAAGAAAGGAACUUAUUAUGAAAAUGUGGAGAUUAAGAAGAAGAGGUGGAACAUUAUGAUGGUCGGGGAUGGAAUCGAUGCCACCAUUAUUUCCGGCAACCGGAGCUUCAUUGAUGGUUGGACCACAUUUCGCUCGGCAACUUUUGCUGUGAGUGGUAGAGGAUUCAUAGCAAGAGACAUAACCUUUGAGAACACGGCCGGACCACAGAAGCACCAAGCCGUGGCGCUGCGCUCGGACUCUGACCUGUCCGUCUUCUACCGGUGCCGCUUCCGGGGCUACCAGGACACACUCUACACGCACACAAUGCGCCAGUUCUUCAGGGAAUGCGAAAUCAGUGGCACUGUUGACUUUAUUUUUGGUGACGCCACGGCCGUGUUCCAAAAUUGCCGAAUCCUGGCCAAGAGGGGCCUGCCCAACCAGAAAAAUACCAUCACGGCCCAAGGUCGAAAGGACCCAAAUGAGCCCACGGGCUUCUCAAUCCAGUUUAGUAACAUCAGUGCGGAUUCGGACCUGGUGGGCUUUGCUAACUCCACGUACACGUAUUUGGGCAGGCCUUGGAAGCUAUACUCGAGAACAGUGAUUUUGCAGUGUUACAUUAGUGAUGUUCUGAGGCCCCAAGGUUGGCUCGAGUGGAACGGAGACUUUGCUUUGGACACCUUGUUCUAUGGCGAGUUUAUGAACUAUGGGCCGGGUGCUGGCCUGGGUAGCCGGGUCAAGUGGCCUGGUUACCGCACGUUUAAUGAUUCGAGUCAGGUUCAUAACUAUACCGUCGCACAAUUUAUUGAAGGGAACCUUUGGUUGCCUUCUACUGGUGUCAAAUAUAAUGCAGGAUUGCAAUCUUAAAACGUUACAUAAUAAUUAUGUUGCUGAUCAUAGCUUCAGCUAUUAUUAUGUAGAAAAAAUCUCCCUAAAAAAUAUCAAUCGAUUUUCCUGGGUUUUGUGUUUUUGUUUCUGUAGUUUUUGUUUUGAGAUUGGUGUAUGGGUGUUUUUUUUCUUAUAUAAAUAGAAAUAUAAGCCACUAGGAUAGAAAGUUAUGUUACAAAGUCAUGUAUACAAUUUGUUUGUCUUCCACUAAUUUUCGGAAGUGCCUCAAUCAAUAUAGCCCUUAAUAUAUAUUCUUGGUAUUACUAUUUUAA